AUGCGUGGUUUCUUUGUCUCUGCUUUCUACUUCUGCAUUCAAUGGAAUCUUGAUUUGUGCGAUAAACUUUUAGUCGUCAUCAACCCUUUUCCAAAUGUAUCUUGCAAAACUCAUUUUUCGUUCUUCGCCUUUCCUAUUUAUAUUCUUUUAUUUUUGUCUUUUUUCCCUCAACUAAUCAAGAAAAGACAUCGAUACGACAUUCAACGUCAAUUCCUGUCCUUAAUCAAUCUUUCUUUCUUUCUUUCGUUCUUUCUUUUUUGUCAUCUAUCUUAUUCCUUCUUUCUUUCUUUUUUCUUAGUUAUCUAUCUAUCUAUCUAUCUAUCUAUCUAUCUAUCUAUCUAUCUAUCUAUCUAUCUCAUUCAAUCUUUCUUUCUUUUUUUCUUUCUUUGUCAUCUAUCUAUCUAUCUAUCUAUCGAUCGAUCUCAGUCAACCUUUCUUAAUUUUUUUCAUCUAUCUAUCUAUCUAUCUAUCUAUCUAUCUAUCUAUCUAUCUAUCUAUUCUAUCUAUCUAUCUAUCUCAAUGUUUCUUUAUUUCUUUCUUUCUUUUUUAUUUGUUCUAUCUAUCUAUCUAUCUAUCUAUCUAUCUAUCUAUCUCAAACUUUCUUUCUUUCUUUGUCAUCUAUCUAUCUAUCUAUCUAUCUAUCUAUCUAUCUAUCUAUCGAUCUCAGUCAACCUUUCUUUCUUUCUUUCUUUCUUUCUUUCUUUCUUUUUGUCAUCUAUCUCUCUCUCUCUCUAUCUAUCUAUCUAUCUAUCUCAAUGUUUCUUUCUUUAUUUCUUUAUUUGUUCUAUCUAUCUAUCGAUCGAUCGAUCUCAGUCAACCUUUCUUUCUUUCUUUCUUUCUUUUUUGUCAUCUAUCUCUCUCUCUCUCUCUCUCUCUAUCUAUCUAUCUAUCUAUCUAUCUAUCUCAAUGUUUCUUUCUUUAUUUCUUUAUUUGAUCUAUCUAUCUAUCUAUCUAUCUAUCUAUCUAUCUAUCUAUCUAUCUAUCUAUCUAUUUCAACCUUUGAGACUAGUUUUACCGCCAUCUAUCUAUCUAUCUAUCUAUCUAUCUAUCUAUCUAUCUAUCUAUCUAUCUAUCUAUCUCAGUCUCUUCAUAUCUAUCUAUCUAUCUAUCUAUCUAUCUAUCUAUCUAUCUAUCUAUCAACUGUUUUUAUAUGCUCAGUCUGUUCAUAUCUAUCUAUCUAUCUAUCUAUCUAUCUAUCUAUCUAUCUAUCUAUCUAUCUAUCUAUCUCAGUCUUUUACUCUCUAUAUAUCUAUUUUAUUCAUACCUAUCACUCUUUCUAUCUCAUUCUUUCUUUCUUUCUUUCUUUCUAUUUUUCUUUCUUUCUAUAAAGCUAUCUAUCUCAGUCUGUUAAUUCCUAUCUAUCUAUCUAUCUAUCUAUCUAUCUAUCUAUCUAUCUAUCUAUCUAUCUAUCUAUCUCAGACAUUUCAGUAUCUAUCUAUCUAUCUAUCUAUCUAUCUAUCUAUCUAUCUAUCUAUCUAUCUCACUAUCGAUCUAUCUCGGACUUUGCACUAUCUAUCUAUCUAUCUAUCUAUCUAUCUAUCUAUCUAUCUAUCUAUCUAUCUAUCUCAGUUUGUUAAUUCCUAUUAUAUUAUCUAUCUAUCUAUCUAUCUAUCUAUCUAUCUAUCUAUCUCAGACUCACCAGUAUCUAUCUAUCUAUCUAUCUAUCUAUCUAUCUAUCUAUCUAUCUAUCUAUCUAUCUAUCUAUCUAUCUAUCUAUCUCAGACUCACCAGUAUCUAUCUAUCUAUCUAUCUAUCUAUCUAUCUAUCUAUCCCAGACUCACCAGUAUCUAUCUAUCUAUCUAUCUAUCUAUCUAUCUAUCUAUCUAUCUAUCUAUCUCAGACUCACCAGUAUCUAUCUAUCUAUCUAUCAAUCUAUCUAUCUAUCUAUCUAUCUAUCUAUCUAUCUAUCUAUCUAUCUAUCCCCGACUCACCAGUAUCUAUCUAUCUAUCUAUCUAUCUAUCUAUCUAUCUAUCUAUCUAUCAAUCUAUCUAUCUAUCUAUCUAUCUAUCUAUCUAUCUAUCUAUGUGAAAAUUAGUAUAAAUCUUUCUCUCUUUAACUCUAUCCGUUGCUAUCGAACUCGUCGAUUAUCUAUCUAUCUAUCUAUCUAUCUAUCUAUCUAUCUAUCUAUCUAUCUAUCUAUCUCUUUCGGUUUAUUCAUAUUUAUCUAUCUAUCUAUCUAUUAUUUCUGUUCAUACUUAUCUAUAUAUCUAUUUCACUAUGUUCAUAUCUAUCUAUCUAUCUAUCUAUCUAUCUAUCUAUCUAUCUAUCUAUCUAUCUCCUCUUCUUUCUAUUCAUCUAUAUCUAUCUCUAUCUCUCUCGGUAUAUUCAUAUCUAUCUAUCUAUCUAUCUAUCUAAGAUGCCAAUUUCUCUCUCUAUCUCUCUGUGUCCCUGUUUCAUUUUAUCUAUCUAUCUAUCUAUCUAUCUAUCUAUCUAUCUCAGUCUGUUCACAUCUCUAUCUAUCUAUCUAUCUAUCUAUCUAUCUGAUUGCCUAUCUCGGGGUUUUAAUAUUACUUUCUCUCCUCACACCAUUACCCUCUCUCUCGCUUUGUUUUAAUCUAUCUAUCUAUCUAUCUAUCUAUCUAUCUAUCUAUCUAUCUAUCUAUCUAUCUAUCUAA